UACCAUCCCUUGGAUACUUUUUGAACAAGCCCUUAUAGCCAGUCAAUGCCCUUGGGAUACACAGGUGGUGUUUGUCUUUCACUUUAAAAUUGUGGGUGGGUUGGGUUGGAAUUGGGGGAGGCGGAGUCAUUUGAGCAACGGCUGUGUUCUCUUUCUCAUCCACCGGAAAUCGACGAGCUGUGAAGGAAUUAAAGAUGUCUGGUGUCACCAAUCAGGAGGAGGACAAGAAACCCAACGAUCAAUCGGCUCAUAUCAACCUCAAGGUUAAAGGCCAGGAUGGUAAUGAAGUAUUCUUCAGGAUUAAGAGAAGCACUCAACUGAAGAAGCUCAUGAAUGCCUACUGUGAUCGACAGUCAGUGGAGAUCAACUCUAUUGCAUUUCUGUUUGAUGGUCGCAGGCUUCGUGGAGAGCAAACUCCAGAUGAGUUGGAAAUGGAGGAUGGGGACGAGAUAGAUGCAAUGCUGCACCAAACAGGCGGUGCGAUUGCAUGAUGUGAUGGUUUUGUUGAAUGUUAAUUAUCAUAGGGGCAAAAUAUCAGCAGUAAGUGGAUUAGGAUCUCAGUAAAACAAUGGCCAGAACCUUUUCACCUGAUGGGCAUGCCCAUCUCUUCUGAACUCUGUUUACCAAAUAUCUUAGUAGUUAUGGUAAUUUGUGGAGCUUGGUAUUAUUAUCUCUGAUUUUACAAGGUGAAUGAAGCUUGUUGCUCCUCGAGGCCUUUCAAUUGCUA